CUCUUUAAAAGUUAGAAAAUGGAAGACUCUCUUGUAAUUUUAACAUUUUAGUCUACAUUUUAAAUGUUCUCAGCGAGUCUGCAUGAUGCUUUUUUAAGAUAGCUGUUCAGAAUCAUAUACUUUCCUUUUCAGUGAUCAGAUAGGAGGUUGAGGGUUUUCCCAAGACACACAAAGAGAGUAUUUGCAUCAUAUAUUUCAUAUAGAACAAAGGCAGAUUUUGUAAAACAGCAACAGAAAGAUAAAAGACAUGGAUUGUUUUCAAUGUGAUUUGCUAAUGACACUUAACAAAAAAGCCUGUUUCUCUAGAAUUACUCUCCCCAGGACAGCCUGACCACGUGAGAACUUUUGAAUCUUUGAAAUACUUGGAGGAGUCAAAAGAAAACUCACUGAGGACAUUUCUCUCCUUUUACCUGAGGCCUUGUUUGUUUUAGGUAAGUAUUCUUUGGGAGUCGAGAUAAAGGAGGAGCUGAAAGGCCAGGGCAAACACCCAGCCUGCCACAGGAACAGUAGACUUUAGACCAUCAAAUACUAUGGAGGGUGCAGCUGCAGCUACACCCUUGCUCCAGGCUACAGUGGACAACAUCUGUCACUGCUCCAGAGACACACAGCUGCAUUCGCUCCAUCCAAGAGAGCAGCUACAGAGCAGCUCUGCUUUAUGGAGGCCCUGGAUUCUCACAGCAAGAGCUGAUGAAAUGACAGAGAAUCAGAGAACGUCAGAACAGGAUGGUCAACUAAGAAAUUUUAAAUCAAAAGGAGCCCUGGGCUUUCAACAUCCAGUGAGACUUUAUUUGCCCAAGUCCAAAUCCCAAAAGUUUCUUAGUAACAUGGGAGAGAAGGUUCUGGCUAGUUUUCCAGUGCAAGCUACAAUUCACUUCUACAACGAUGACAUCGACUCUGAGGAGGAAGAAGAAGAGAUCAGUUCAGCCUGAUAACAAACAGCAGUCAGCCUUGGACAAACACAUCAUAAAAAAAGCAAGAGACAAAAAAAGAACUGUAACAUAUGUAUGGACAAACAUCUAACUGCAUGAAGAAACACAUCAAAGUGUGUAUGAAAACUGUUUAUAUCCGUCUUGCCAAGAAGAAUGAGUCAGUGCGACUGGAAACAAAGAGGAAAUCCUUUUGCCUUUUGGAGAACCUUUUAAACCCCGAAGCUUAACAAACGAUUACAGUAUUUUAAAUUGAGUUGGUUUAAGUAACGCUUGGAUUAAGAACAUUAAGAGCACUCUUUUACAUUGCAGUCCUGUUCAAAUGAAAAUGAUUGAUUAUGAUUGAUUAUGCACAUGUACAUGCUAUAAUGUACAACCACAAAAAUAACCUGAAGGUUUUGAAACACAAAUUUUUUAAAAAUUAAGGAAUUAUUUAAAAUGCAAAGACUAUUGCUUAUUAGCUCUAUGAAGCACACUUAUUCUGAUAUGAAUGCUAUAUGCCAGAUUAACCAGAUCCAUUUCAGCAGAGAUUCCAGUAUAACCUCCUGUCAACACAAGUUCGAAAUGAUAGUCCUGUGAUGUUAUCUGGGGUCCUGUCAUUCCCUUACUACCAGAUUUUCCUCCUCUAAUCAGAAAAGUGCCUUUUUGUCAAUCAGAAAAAAAUGUAAAUCUUGAUUAAAAGCUACAAUUUAAUGACACAUUAAAACAAGCACUGAAUUCUA